UCAGCAGAAGGGCCAGAGUGACUACAUCUGGAGCCUCAGCCAGUGAUACUGCUUCCCGGAUGAGAAGGGCGGCUCUGAAACCUGCAGCAGAGCCAGCUCCGCGGCCACAGUCCCUCCAGCCUCCCUGCCGCUCCCCACCGGCCCAGACCCACCGGCCCUCCCCCACCGGAGGCGCUCUCCACGGGGAAGCUCAGACUCAGGAUCUUUCCCCAAAACCUCCCGGCCCGCCGGGGCCUGUGACCUUGGGGACAGAGGGCUGCCGUCGAGGCUCCCUCGCUGCUCCAGCCGUCGCUUCUCCCCAUCAGGCACUCGCCAGCCCUCAUGUCGGCCACCUUGGGGCCCAGCCUGGCGCCCAGCAGGGACGUGGGCGAGAUCUACAACUGGUCGGAGCUGCUGCACUUCUUCAACCACACCCUGCCCGAGUGCCACGUGGAGCUCAACGAGAACACCAAGCGCGUCGCCCUCUUCGUGGUCUACCUGGCCAUCUUCGUGGUCGGGCUGGUGGAGAACCUCCUGGUGAUCUGCGCCAACUGGCGGGGCUCGGCCGGCGCGGGGCUGCUGCGCCUCUACGUCCUGAACAUGGCCAUCGCCGACCUGGGCGUCGUCCUGUCGCUGCCCGUGUGGAUGCUGGAGGUCACGCUGGACUACACCUGGCUCUGGGGCAGCUUCUCCUGCCGCUUCGCCCACUACUUCUACUACGCCAACAUGUACAGCAGCGUCUUCUUCCUGGCCUGCCUGAGCGUGGACCGCUACCUCAGCCUCACCCGCGCCUCCGCCUCCCGGCAGCGCCGCCAGCACCGCGCGCGCCGCGCCGUGUGCGCCGCGGUCUGGGUCCUCUCGGCCCUCAUCCCGCUGCCCGAGGUGGCCCACAUCCGGCUGGUGGACAGCUUCGAGCCCAUGUGCCUCUUCAUGGCGCCGUUUGAAACGUACAGCGCGUGGGCCGUGGCGGUGGCCCUGUCCACCACCGUGCUGGGCUUCCUGCUGCCGCUGCCGCUCAUCGCCGUCUUCAACGUGCUGACGGCGCGCCGGCUGCGGCAGGCGGGGCAGCCCGAGGGCCGGCGCCACUGCGUGCUGCUGGGCGCCUACGUGGCCGUCUUCGUGGUCUGCUGGCUGCCUUACCACCUGACCCUGCUGCUGCUCACGCUGCACGGCGCGCACCUCUCCCUGCACUGCUACCUGGCACACCUGCUCUACUUCUUCUACGACGUCAUCGACUGCUUCUCCAUGCUCCACUGCGUGCUCAACCCCAUCCUCUAUAACUUCCUCAGCCCCAGCUUCCGCGGCCGGCUGCUCAACGCCGUGGUCCACUACCUCCCCAAGGCCCAGGCCAGGGAGGGCAGACAGGCCUCCUCCUCCCCCUCCUCCUCCUCCACGCAGCAUUCCAUCAUCAUCACCAAGGAGGGCAGCCCGCCCCCUGCAGCCCGCCCCCACCACCACCCCAGCCUGAACUUCCAGGCCGCACCUACCCCACCCGCCUCCGUAGCCAGCUGAGGGGGAGUCCUGCGUCCUCCAGCGGUGAAGUAGAGAGCUGGAAGUGGGUGAGAGAUCUGGGGAGGGGGUGGGCGUGGGGGGUGCGGUGGGAGAGGCUCAGAGCACUCAUGGCCAAUAUUGAGUUUGUCUUCAAAUACUGAGGUGGGGAUGGGGAGGGAGGCAGGCAGGGGAAGGCAGCAGACCCUUGGCGUUGUACUGUUUGAAACCAUCCUUGUGCCGACGGGAGAGGCGCAGGGAAAAAGGUGAAAUAAAGAAUAGAGACA